UGGAACAGUAUUAGAUUUGUUUAUUCUCUACUCAUUUUUUUAUAUCUAUAUAUGAAUACUUCUGUUCUUGUAUGUUAACGCUUAUUGUUUUUUCAGUUGUAUAGGUGUUUUGAGAUUGUUAAAUUUAGGCGCCGUUAACCGCUAAUUCAUCACAAUAGUUACUUCCCUUUGAUAAAGUACGCCAUUUGUAUACGUUUACGCGCUUCUCAGCGCCUUCUAAUUACCAGUGUUUUUAGCAGCCUUUUGCUUACCUAUGAAGAUGCAUGAAUUCUUACGUCGAGGUUUACAAUAAAAUCGAAGCAAAGAUUUGUUUUCUUAGACGUUGUCUAUCUGUCGGCUAAGGGCAGAAUAGUAAGAAUUCAUACUUCAGAAGAGUGACAUGUCUACAGCUGAGCAAGCAGGAGCUAAAAAGGACCUUCAACACGAAAAACGAAUCAGAACUUUGACAGAUAAAGGCAUGGAGGAAUUCAAUAUAAAAGUCAAGUCAUAUAAUGAGAAGAUACAGCAGACUUGGUCUACAGUGCAGAUAGAAUUAGACAACUCGUUUGCUCUAGAUAAUGAUAAAACUAUUCUAAGACAGGCUGAACAAUCAAUUCGUCAUAAAUAUGAAGAGUAUCAAAUUGUUUGCAAGGAGUAUGUUGGCUUCCUUGAAGCAACGCGUUCUAAUGAAAGCAACCGUUUAGUUCAAGAACAUUUGAAAAAGGAAACAGUGAAUUACAAUAGGAUACGCAAAUUUAGAGGCGAGAUGCUUGAAAAUACUUGAGAAUGACAGUAGAUCUAUUCACUCAAGAUCAAGCCGAAGUAGUGUCAGGUCAACAAGUUCAGUCUCUGUAAAAGCAAAAUUGGAAGCAGCAAAAGCAAGAAGGACAGUGACACAAAAGGAAUUUGAAUUGAAAACCAAGCAAGCUUUAUUACAAGAAGAAUUAAGUGUAAACAUUGCAAAAGCUGAAAGACGAGACAAGAUCAUUGAAGCAGAACUUUGUUUGUUGAAAGACGAGAAAUUGGUUGCCGAAGCAACAGCAGAGAACAAUGUGUACGAAACUUUAAGUGAGUGGCAUGAUUCAGAAAAUGCUAGAAUUUCAGUAGGCAAUAUUCCUCACACGAUUGAACCGCCUAUGCAAAGAACAAAGGAUUACGUUAUGAAACAUUCCGUAUCAUCAGUUUCAGAGUUGUAUGAAAAUACUAAUCAACAUAAUGAGCCUGAACCCUAUGUGAAUGCUCCUUAUUAUCAUAGACCAUCAACGUCAAGAGAAUUGGACCUAGGAACUGAGUUUGGAAAAUUUCUGGUGAAGAAAGACUUGCUUAUGACUAGAUUUACAAAAUUUCAAGACAAUCCAGUUGUGUAUUCGGUGUGGAAAAACACUUUCAUCAGUAUCACUAAAGAAUUAAAUGUUACUCCUCAAGAGGAGAUAGAUUUGUUAAUUAAAUGGCUUGGGACAGAGUCGUCAAAACAGGCCUUGAACCUUCGUGCAGCCAAUGCACAUGAUCCAGAAGGAGGACUCACAAAAAUAUGGCAAAGAUUAGAUGAACGUUAUGGUGCUCCUGAACUUGUAGAAAGCACACUUCAGAAAAAGAUCGCAAGCUUUCCACGAAUUACUGUUAAAGAUUACAAAAAACUGUAUGAUCUUAGUGAUGUGUUGUCAGAAAUAGAAAGUGUAAAAGAAAACACACAGUAUUCCACACUACUGUCGUAUUAUGACUCUCCUAUAGGUGUUAACCCUAUCGUUUCUAAGUUACCGACACAUCUCCAGAACAAAUGGGCAGACAGAGCUAGGAAAUACAAAGUAUCUCAAGAAGUGACAUUCCCACCAUUCGCUUUCUUUGUCACUUUCAUCAGAGAGAUGUGUGCAUUAUUGAAUGAUCCAAGUUUUCAGUUUGAUACAUCUUUCACUAGAAGUAUGAACAGAGAGGAAGUCUCACCGAGAUCUAUCCGCUAUACGCCUAUUGCAGCCAAGAAGACUGGAAUACAGUCUGAGGAGAAGCCUAAAUGUUUCUUCCAUUCGUAUACUUCAUCGCAUUCGCUAGACUAAUGUAGGGAGUUCAAGAAAAUGUCAAUCGAAGAGAAAAGACAGUUUCUGAAAGAAAAGAACAUUUGUUUCAGAUGUUGCAAGUCGGACAAACAUAUGAUUAAAGAUUGUAAAGUGCCAAUUAAGUGUGAUGAAUGUGGGAGUCAAAAGCACACAUCUGUCUUACACAUAUUCAAACCUGUUAAGCCUAACGCUGAGCAGAACAACUCUGUCCCGGAGAAGGCAGCCAGUGAUGGUAACUCCCAAACAUUAAGCAACAUCAGCUGUAAAUGCUCACAGGUUUGUGAUGACGCUUCUUUGAGUAAAUCUUGUGCUAAAAUUGUGAAAGUUCAUGUCUAUCACAAAGACAGACCGGAGGAUAGGGUUUCAGUCUACGCGCUUAUUGAUGAUCAGAGCAAUAGAUCACUAGCAAGUCCAGAAUUUUUCGAUUUUUUCAAAGGUGAGUGUAGCUUCCAAGAAAUUACCUACUCACUUUCAUCAUGUGGUGGCAGCAUAACAACGUCGGGUCGGACAGGCGAAGGCUUUGUUAUAGAGAGUCUAGAUGGCAGCACACAUGAAUUACCCUGUCUUACGGAAUGCAACGAGAUUCCUGAUAACCGUGAAGAGAUUCCAACACCAGACGUUGCCAAUAAAUAUGUGCACUUGCGGAACAUUUCCACAUAUAUACCAUCCCAGGACAAAGACUCACACAUUCAGUUAUUAAUAGGUAGAGACAUACCAGAAGUACAUCACGUACAUGAACAGAUUAUAGGACCGACUGGACCAUAUGCACAGAAAUUAAGUCUUGGAUGGGUUUUGAUAGGUGAGACGUGCAUCGGAAAUGUCCACACACCUAACAUGUCUGUAAAGGUGAAUAAAACCUUCGUACAUAAAAGUGGUAGACAGUCCAUCUUUCCUGAAUGUGAAAGCAAAUUUAAUCUAAAAGAAGGGAGUGAUCAGUCAGGUAAUAUCGAGAAAGACAUUUUUGUACGUACACGAGACGACAAUAAGGUUGGCUUAUCAGUUGAAGACAGGGAAUUUUUUAACAUAAUGGACACUGAAUUAAGAAAGGAUGAAAAUGGGCACUGGGUGGCGCCCCUACCAUUCCGCACCCCAAGACAAGCUCUUCCAAACAAUAGAGAAAUGUCCUUAAAACGCGCAUUGUACUUAGACUCGAGUCUUAGAAGAAACCCUACCAAGAGGCAACACUUUGAAACAUUCAUGAAAAAGGUUCUUGAAUCUGGAGCUGCAGAAGUUGCUCCACCAGCAAAAGGUGAAGUGUGGUACUUGCCAAUAUUUGGGGUGUAUCACCCUAAAAAGCCUGAUAAAAUAAGGGGUGUGUUUGAUUCAUCAGCGGUGUUCAAAGGUGUAUCAAUGAACAGUGUACUCUUACCUGGACCUAAUUUGACAAACAGUUUGUUAUGUAUCCUACUGCGCUUCCGCAAAGAUUGUUAUGCUAUCAUGGCAGAUGUAGAGCAGAUGUUUUAUUCAUUUCUUGUCCGGGAAGAUCACCGUGACUUUCUAAGGUUUUUCUGGUAUCGUGAAAAUGAUACUAAUCAAGAGCUGAUCGAGUACCGCAUGCGUGCUCAUGUGUUUGGGAACAGUGCUUCACCCGCAGUUGCAGCGUAUGGUCUGAGAAAGACAGCCGAGAAUGCUGACGAUGAUGUCAAAGGUUUCAUUAACGAAGAUUUUUACGUUGACGAUGGGCUCAUUUCACUACCAGACGUAGAUAAAGCAGUGAGUCUUAUGCAGAGAACACAGGAGUGUCUGUCAGCAUGCAAUCUUCGGUUACAUAAAAUUGUUUCGAAUAGCAGAGAUGUCAUGCGAGCCUUUCCAGGGGAAGACUUACAAAGUAAUUUGAAGUCCUUAAACUUUGAUGAAGAUGUGCUACCCAUUAACCAGAGCCUUGGUAUGUUGUGGGAUCUGAAUACUGAUACAUUUAGGUUCAACGUCGACACACAACAAGAGCAGAAUACAAGACGAGGUCUACUGUCCAUACUAAAUAGUGUAUUUGACCCUCUCGGUUUUGUGUCGCCGGUCAUUAUUCAUGGUAAAAUUCUCAUGAGAGAGAUAACCUCUGGCAAAGACUGGGAUGAACCACUUGAAUCUGAUCUUAUAUUGAAGUGGAAAUCAUGGACUGACACACUCGUUCUACUUAAAGAAGUGUCUAUUCCUCGCAUGUACGUAUCCAACUCUCUCAGCACAGCCAAAAAGCCUGAACUACAUAUCUUCUCCGAUGCGUCAGAGAAAGCUGUAAGUCCAGUUGCAUACAUUAGGCUAAGUGGUGAAGAUGUUAGGUCUGUAGGCUUCGUCAUGGGGAAAAGUAAGUUGGCACCUUCUCAUGGGCACACGAUACCUCGCCUCGAGCUGUGUGCUGCACUACUUGCUACAGAGGUAGGAGAAAUUAUUCUUCAAGCUCUACAUGUUGUCUUUACAGCUGUGAAGUUUUACACAGACAGCAAAGUCGUGCUAGGAUACAUUAAUAACAAAACACGGCGUUUCUAUAACUAUGUUAGUAAUAGAGUACAAAGAAUCUUGUUUCUCUCAAAAGCAUCCCAAUGGAGUUACGUUCACACCAAAGUAAACCCAGCAGAUAUUGGUAGUAGAGGUUGCUUAUCAGUGGAUCAGUUGAACAAAUGGUUAAAUGGACCAGAGAUGUUGUAAAAGGCGAAUGACGAAGCAGCAGAAGAAUAUCCACUUAUUUCACCAAAUGAAGACAAAGAAAUCCGACAAGACGUAAAUGUGAAUAAAACUUGUGUCGUCAAAGAUAUUGCUGACAAGUUUGAUUUAUUUUCAAGUUGGCAGAAACUAGUGAUAGCAUUCUGCAUCCUGAAAAAGGCAGUUAAGAACUUUAAGAUGAGAAAGUGUACCAGAAGUCCUGAAACUAACCAAUCCUUAAUACAAGAGUCACUUAAAGAUUCUGAGCAAUUUAUUGUGAAGGCUAGCCAGAACCAGUCAUUCGGUGAUGAAAUAAGAUGUCUUGCUGCUGGUAAACAAGUAUGUCGUGACAGUCCAAUCAGUUCCUUGAAUCCCUAUUUGGAUGAUGAAGGAGUCAUUCGUGUUGGGGGCCGGCUUAAUCAAAGCUGCCUUCCUAAGGAGUUGACAAACCCGAUCUUAUUGUCAGGUAAAGGCCAUACAGCUAGUUUGAUUGUACGUCACUUCCAUGAAAAAUGUAAACACCAAGGAAGAUUACUUACAGAAGGAUGUAUCAGAACCAAUGGAUUUUGGAUUGUAGGAGCAAAGAGGCUUAUAUCCAAGAUAAUACACCUUUGUGUCAUUUGUCGAAAACUAAGAGGUAAAACAGAACACCAGAUCAUGACCGACUUACCGGUUGAUAGACUUACACCAGGUCCGCCUUUCACAUUUGUCGGUUUAGACGUAUUUGGCCCCUGGGCAAUUGUAUCACGCAGAACCAGAGGUGGUAUGGCGCAGUCAAAACGGUGGGCUUUGCUCUUGACGUGUAUGACCACUCGCGCAGUACAUAUUGAAGUUUUGGAAGAAAUGUCAAGUUCAUCUUUCAUAAAUGCCUUGCGACGAUUUAUUGCCUUGAGGGGUAAUGUGAAAGAAUUUAGGUCUGACAGAGGUACCAACUUCGUUGGAGCAACCGAAGAUCUAAAAGUCAAUGUCAUUAAUGUUGAAUGUGGCCCUGUGCCAAACUAUUUUCGAGAUUCAGGCGUCACAUGGCGGUUUAACCCUCCCCACUCUUCCCAUAUGGGAGGAGUAUGGGAAAGAAUGAUAGGCAUGGCUAGAAGAAUCCUAGAUGGUAUGUUACUUGGAGUGACUUCUAAAAAUCUUACGCAUGAGGUACUUACUACACUCAUGGCGGAAGUAAGUGGUAUUAUUAACUCGAGACCUCUAGCACCAAUUUCAAACGACCCAGACUGUCCCGUCAUUCUCUCUCCGGCUAUGUUACUUAAUCAGAAAGUUCAGUGCGAGUCAACAGUUCCUUUCAACAUCGAUCAACGCGAAAUGUAUAGGAAGCAGUGGAAAAUGGUUCAGGUUCUUUCUGACAUGUUCUGGAAGCAGUGGAAAGAUAGCUAUAUUCACGUACUUCAGUCAAGGAGAAAGUGGAAAAUACCGCAACCUAGUGUUAAGAAUGGGGACAUUGUACUUCUCAGGGGAAACAAUCUUCCAAGGAAUGAAUGGACAGUGGGAAUAGUAGAAAACGCUAUUGAAAGUGAUAGUAACAAAAACGUUAGAAAGGCAGAAGUACGCGUGUGCAGAAAUGGAAAGUGCACUAACUACACUCGCCCUGUCACAGAAAUGGUUGUACUGGUUGAUUAGACUGUGUAUUCAUUUUAAUACUGGAUUUAAACUUAGGACAGCUUUACCAUUUGUCAAUUAUAUGAACUGAUUAUAUUGUAGUUACAUAUUUUCACUAAAACAUAUGGCAUUUAUAAUUCAUUAUAAGACAGUAAAGUGUGAAGUUUCACAGGCCGGGAGUGUACUGGAACAGUAUUAGAUUUGUUUAUUCUCUACUCAUUUUUUAUAUCUAUAUAUGAAUACUUCUGUUCUUGUAUGUUAACGCUUAUUGUUUUUUCAGUUGUACAGGUGUUUUGAGAUUGUUAAAAUAAGGCGCCGUUAACCGCUAAUUCAUCACAAUAGUUACUUCCCUUAGAUAAAGUACGCCAUUUGUAUACGUUUACACGCUUCUCAGCGCCUUCUAAUUACCAGUGUUUUUAGCAGCCUUUUGCGUAAGUUAUACGCUAUUUCUUAUCGUAUGAGCUGUAUAUAAAUGCAUUCUAGUUUUCUAAUAAUGCUGUUCAGAAAUCUGUUCAUCAUACCACUAGUUCUAUAAAUAAACGUCGGACUUCAAUAUUUUACGAUUUUGACAUUUCAUAUAGUCCGACGUUUUAUCGAAAGUAUGAAUUUCCUGUUAGAACUUUCCGCAAAAGUUCUUGCGGAAGGUUUUACAAGUUCACGGUAGAAGUGACUUGAAAGCGAUAGCUAAAUACCAACAACGGACAAAGAAACCUAAUUUACACAUCCAUUGAACAUACUGCCUUACUGAAGUUAUUGAAGAUCAGUCCGCACUUU